AUGAAUCAUCUCUCAUUUCUCUCUCAGCUCUAUAGAGCAGUAACAAGCACAUAUUAUCAAGGUGCAGUUGGCGCAAUCCUAGUCUAUGACUUACCAAAACGCCAAUCAUUUGAUCAUAUGGCUAGAUGGCUGGAGGAACUAAGAGGUCAUGUGGACAAGAACAUAGUUAUUAGGCUCAUCGUGAACAAAUGUGAUCUAGGAAGUCUUCGAGCUGUACUAGUUGAAGAUGCUCAAGAAUUCGCAAGGGAAAAUCUCUUCUUUAUGGAACCAUCAGCUCUUCAUUCCACAAACGUCACGGGAGCAUUCAUGACAGUUUUAACAGAAAUUUAUAAAAUCAUUAGCAAGAAUACGCUUAAUUCUUGUUUGACAAAC